GUGGCGCUGCUGGAUGCUGCUGCCUGCCCUGCGGAGGAAGGGUUUCCGGAGGCCCUAUGUCCCAGGGAGGAGGAAGAGGAGGAGGAAGAAUACAGGCAAAGGAGACCUGUCACCUUCAUGCUGGGAAAUGAGAUACUGGGGCUGGGCCCAGAGAGUGAGUUUCAGAGCCCUGAUGCCGAGGUCUACAUGCACUUCUUGAGGAGCCACUGCUGCUACGACGCCAUCCCCACCAGCUGCAAACUUGUUGUCUUCGACGUCUCCCUGGAGAUCAAGAAAGCCUUUGUGGCACUGGUGGCCAAUGGGGUGCGUGCCGCCCCACUCUGGGACAGCAAGACACAGAGUUUUGUGGGGAUGCUCACCAUUACCGACUUCAUCAACAUCCUCCACCGCUACUACCGCUCGCCUCUGGUUCAGAUCUACGAGGUGGAGGAGCACAAGAUUGAGACCUGGAGAGAAGUGUACCUGCAGGGCUCCUUCAAGCCGCUGGUCUACAUCUCCCCAAGCAACAGCCUCUUCGAUGCUGUCUACUGCUUGAUCAAGCACAAAAUCCACCGCCUGCCUGUCAUCGAGCCCAUCUCAGGCAAUGUCCUGCACAUCCUGACGCACAAGCGCAUCCUCAAGUUUCUCCACAUCUUUGGUUCUACCAUUCCCAAGCCACGCUUCCUGAAGAAAACAGUGCAGGAGCUGUGCAUUGGCACCUUCCGUGAUGUGGCUGUCGUGCCUGAGACUGCCCCUGUCUACACUGCCUUGGACAUCUUUGUUGAUCGCCGUGUUUCUGCCCUGCCUGUCAUCAAUGAUGCUGGGCAAGUGGUUGGCCUGUACUCCCGAUUUGAUGUCAUUCACCUGGCAGCCCAGAAGACUUACAACAACCUGGACAUCAGUGUGCGGGAGGCGCUCCGGCAGCGCAGUAUCUGCCUGGAAGGAGUCCUCACCUGCUACCCCCACGAAACUAUGGAAGACAUCAUUGACCGCAUUGCCAAUGCACAGGUCCAUCGCCUGGUUCUGGUGGAUGAGAACCAGUACCCGCGGGGCAUCAUCUCUCUCUCCGACAUCCUCCAGGCCCUUGUGCUCACUCCUGCAGGUAUCGAUGCUCUUAACUCUUAGCCUGCGACGCUCCAUCUUUCACCACUUGCACCCUUCAUUUCUCUCCACUUCAGG